AUUGUCACCGAAGUACAAGCCCGGCCAUGGCUACCACCAGCUCAAAGCUAUUGCAGCUUGCCAUUCCAUUGGUCAAAUCGCAUGGAUUCACCAGAGAAGCCCUGUCACAGUCUGUACUCUAUCUACCAAAACCGCACACAGAACCUCUUCCGGACACGGCAAUAUCAGCGCUGUUCGGGAAGGGUGAUGAUGCGAGAAGGACACUGUUUAACGCGUGGUUGGAAGAUGCCCGACGCCGUAUGAGAGAGGAGGCAGGCUCGUCCGAGCCACGCCCGCCGUGUAUACGGCGCGUCUUGCGUUCGCGGCUGAUCAUGAACGAACCGGUUCUUGACCACCUUCCCGAGGCAUUCGCUUUGCUUGCGACGUCUUCCAGCGUGUUGCCAGUUGACCCAUCACCGAUAAUGAUGCACGCGGCGUAUGUCGCGGACGACGCGUGUUGGAUAGCGGAUCCCUCUGCUAAAGAGUUAUCGUGGUACACGCGUCGCGCAUCGCUGUCUACCGUCUAUCUGACUGCCGAACUCCACCAGCUCACGUCCCCAAAGACAGCGGAGUCUUUCCUUGACUACCUCCUCGAUAACAGGGACACUGUCGAAGAGGCGAUCCAGGAGGUCGCACUUUAUGGUGAAUAUAUCCUCAAGAGCUGGAAGGGUAUUUUGAGGAGCUCGGGUAUACUAUAGAGAAAUUCGGAGAGCCAUGAGGAUGGUGAAACAAGUGAAUCCCAAGCGCGCAACUUCGUUUACCCUUGGUCUACGUGGCUUCUAUUCCAAAAAAGACGCGUAUAAGGAUACAAUUUGAGUUGAUAUGUAGGGUUGCGAUUGAAGUGGGUCAGAACAUAUAUCGAGGUGCGUGGAAGGUAGGUGAUAAUCAUAAUCGUGAAAACGCUGGGUAGAUCAUGCCCAGUUGUCGAUAAGAGAAUCGCGCAUCUCGCCAAUAAUUGCUGACGAGUUUUGACCUUGGAGCUC